AAAUAUUUAAUUUUUUACAUGAGAAAAAAACUCUAAAAAAAAGUAUGUUUUUAACCCGAGAAAACCCAUGUUACCCCUUAAACCGCAAAAAUACGGUUAUUGGAAUAACUCUGACCUAAUUUUUAUACCUCGUAAAGUCACCCAAGUUGACUAUGUGAACAGUUUUAGCCGAGUACGAGGGGUUAUUAUCAGCCAAACCGCUUACAGAGCGGCAACCAUCAUCACUAUAUAUCUCAGUAUCUUUUUACCACAGAUUCAACAUAAAGGAGUGGGUCUUAGUAAAUACAAUACAUAAAUUACGAGACUACAUUCAGUUCCAAUAAACGAACCAAUUUGGCAAUAUCGUCGCUGAUGUUCACCAUAACAACGCGCCCAACAGUCAACCUAAUGUUCGUUGCUGUCAGCUCGCACACAUACAUACACACAACCGCGCAUAUGUCCACGCGCAUACGUCAUUUUAUUGCCAAUUUUUGGCAAAGUCCCCAACAGCGUACGCGUACGCUGUCGCAGAUGGGCUUACAGCACUAUCUAUGGCUACCUACUACCUAAAAGCGCUGCGAGAGCCUAGCUGGCUUCUAGCGCCGCGCUGUGCGCUUUGCUCACAUCUAAGCAUAACGCCUGCGUCAAUGUCGUCGGCGUCAUCAACGGCAUUGUCAACGCCUUCCGAAGCGCUGACGUCGCCGCUUUAUGCCGCACCGCGCCACGUCGCGCCCUACUGCCGAUCGUUGUUUGCAGAAUUUCGUUUUCGCAUGUGGCCCACACAUUGUUAGCAGUCAGACGCGCUGCUGCUCGCUCGCUAGCUUCAAAUAUGCUUUAGGUGCGCGCGCGUCUGUGUGUGUGUGUGCUUUUAUGCGCGUAUAGUUUGCUGGUAGGUAGGUACAUACCUACGCUGCUCCUCCACAGCGCCCACUGCGUUGAUAGCAAUUUUUUAUAUGUAUAUUUCUUAUUACUAUAUUGCUGUUGUUGUUGUUCACUUCAUGUUUUUCGGUAUUUUAGGUUUUGGAUUUGGCGAGCGCGCACUCGUGUAUGUGUGUGCGCGCGUGUAUGUUCGUUUUCUGCGAUCGGUAUCAAGGUUUUUGGCAAUUCAGUUCGCGGUUGCGACUUUAGUCGGUUGGUCGGUUGUGUUGUGUUGUCAUCGUCGUAAUCGUUAUACUCGACGCUGAUUAACAUUGCGUUUGUCUUCAAUCGUUUUUGCUUUCGUUCGCAAAAUAUUGAUAAUAGUGCAACGCAGAUUUUAAGCUCCUCCAAUCGAUUUUUCCUCAAGUGUGCCAAACUUAGAAUUUUCCUUCCUUCCAGCAAACAAUAGUGCCUUAAAUUUUACUUAUAAUUAGUAAUAAAAUAAAAUUCACAACCAAAAACCAAUUAACCUGAACUCGGAGAAUACGGAAAAUCAACCAAAUAUGCGUUACAAAUGAAAAACAACAACAAAGAAAACACCACUCUAACCCAUGUACAUAUUAUAUACAAUAAAAAUGUAUUGGCUUGAACAUAAUAAAUUUGCUGUGAAGUUGUAGUAGAAGUGUUCUUGAAGAUUGCUGCAGUUAUAAGAAAAUAAGAAACACACACACAUAUAUAUAAAUACAUACAUACAAAAUCAAAAAAUUCAAAACAAAGAAACCAAAUUUGCCAAUUAUUAUUUUAAAUAAAAUAAAAUUUGAAAUCAGAAAGCAUAUCACAAAUCUCAGCAUAAAAGUAACCAAGAAUACCACAAAAUAUUUCAAUUGGCUCACCAACACACCCACACAUUGGAUUACUUUUAAUUGGAUUACAUUGGAUUUAUCUACAUAAAUUUAUUGAAAACAAGUCGACAGAGAAAACCUACACGCUGGCUUACAACAACGACGAGAGCUCAGUGCAAGAAACCCUCUCACAACUGGAUUACUACGCCUAUUGGUUGACACACUGUUUGGGAAGAUACCACACUGACCAAGGAGCUAUGGACCAGCAAUUCUGUCUACGCUGGAACAAUCACCCGACGAACUUAACUGGCGUGCUAACCUCGUUGCUGCAGAGGGAGGCACUAUGUGAUGUGACGCUGGCAUGUGACGGUGAAACAGUCAAGGCGCAUCAAACGAUUCUAUCAGCAUGCAGCCCAUAUUUCGAGACAAUUUUCCUGCAAAACCGCCAUCCACAUCCCAUCAUCUAUUUAAAAGAUGUCAGAUACUCAGAAAUGCGCUCCCUGCUCGACUUCAUGUACAAAGGCGAAGUCAAUGUCGGUCAGAGUUCGCUGCCGAUGUUCCUCAAAACAGCCGAGAGUCUACAGGUUCGUGGUCUAACGGACAAUAACAACCUCAACUAUCGCACGGAACACCGCGAUUCGCCCAUAUCCUCGCCCACCGGCCGUACACCGUACAGUAGUGGCGGUCUCGGUGGUGGCGGCAGCGGCGGUAGCGAAUGUGAGCCACGCGAACGCGAUCAACAGUUACGUGGCCGUGCCACCGAACGCGAUAUGCGCGACGAAAUGCAUUCACAUCGCAGCAGCAGCAGUUUGAGCGAACGCAAUGCCGCCGCCGCCGCUGCAGCAGCAGCAGCUGCCACCGCCAAUGUGGGCAGUGUGAGUGCCAGUCUACAAUCCGCUGCAGCAGCUUUGGGUUUGGGAGAACGUUCGCCAAUCACAGCAGCCGCAAUGGCGGCCGCAGUAGCGGCUGCGGCUACGCGUAGUGCCAGCGCCGAUCCACUCGGCGGUUCGACGAAUACAGCCUGUUCUGGCGGUAGUAUCAGCGGUGCUGGUGGCAUAUUAAACAGUCGCAACAGCGAUGCGAAUAGUGAGCGUAGUGUUAGCGGUGGCGGUGGUGCUGGCAAUGGGGGCAACAGUGGCGAUCGCAGCAGCAGCAUUGGACGCGAACGCGCCGAUAGUCGUGAUGAACUCAUGCAGCUAGACUAUAGUAACAAGGAUAACAGAGAUCGUGAUAGAGAGAUGUCCACCACGCCGGUGGAGCAUAUAGGUAGUAAUAAGCGAAGACGUAAGAACUCAUCCAACUGUGAUAAUUCGUUGACCUCGACGCAUAACGCAAAUGUACAGGACAGGCACUACACUCAGGAUUCUCAGGCAUCCUCGCGCAGCAAUUUCAAAUCGAGUCCCGUGCCAAAAACUGGCAGCACGUCUGAAUCGGAGGAUGCCAUCAUCACAGGUGUUGGCGAACGGCGCGAUUCACCACUCUCCGUCAGUCAAUUGAGUAUGAGUGGUGGCGGUCUAGGUGGCGUGGGUAGCGGUAGUGUUAGUGCGAUUCCCAGUAGUAUUGGUCUCAGUCAUGCGCUUAGUAUUAAACAAGAAUUAAUUGAAGCACAACAACAACAGCAACAGCUGCAACAACAACAACGUGAGACUCAUGUACCUUUGCCAACCGAAUACUUGCCGCCCGGUGCACUGAAGCUACACUCCGAGGAAAUGUCUCAACUAUUAUCCUCACAUGGUCUACAGCAAGAGAGUCGAGAGGAUCAGAACGAUGGUAAACAGCUACCGCUGGAUCAGUCGGACAACAUUGAUGGUGAUGAUGGUGUUGGUGGCAAUGACAUGCGCGUUGAAGCAAACCGAAAUCAUGCCGACAUUAGAGCAGACGAUGACGUUGCCAAUAUGAAUGAUGACGAUGAGGAAGACAAUGAUGACAAUGAGGCGGGCGUUGAUGAUGACACCGUGGACGUGCAUCGUCACAUUGCCUAUCGCCAUAACAGACGACGUGUUAUACGUGCAACAGACGGCAUGCAAGCGCUGCAAAGCGUCACCGAGCAUAUUGAUGUUGUUCAUGACGAGAGUCACGCGCAGGAUUUGUGCGGCGAUGAUGAGGAUUACGAUUACGACAAUGAUUGCCAUAGCGAUUGUGAUCACAAGAUAUUGGACAGCAACUACAAUUGUCACUACAAGCGUUGCAGGCAAGAGGCGGCCAUGCGCAGCCAGCAACAACAGUUGUACGAGCAGCAUCAGCAACACCAGCAAAAGCAUUUGCAGGCGCAACACUAUCAUCAGCAACAUGUUGCCGAGAUGAUGUUGCACGCACGAAACGGUCCGCUGAACGAUGUUAUUGCGCUGACGACGACGCCGCCGCAGCCCACAUUGUCAACACAUCGUCACAUGCAUCCACAAACCGUUAUUAAUCUUGGCCGCUGUAGUAAUGCUCUGGAUGCGCUUUGCUCUGCCGAGGCUGCUGCUGCAGCCGCAGUGGCAGCACUCUCGCCUGCUUCCUCGAAUGCGUCGGCAGCAUCGGCAACACUACAGAAACAGCAGCAACAACAGCAACAAUUUGCGUACGCACAGCAACAACAUGCUGCUGCAGUCAACUAUCAGCAACAACAACAGCAACAACGUCAACAACACGCGUUAGCAACUGCUGCCAACUUGGCACAGCACCGACAUAGUCACCAUCAUCAACAGCAGCAGCAGCAACAACAACACCAUUUGCAAAACAUCCAUACACAAGUGAACAACGCCAACGACAACAACACCACACAAUUGCAACUAAUUGCCACGAACUCCAACCCAUCCACCGUUGACAACAAUAGCGCAAACGCGGCCGCCGCCGCUGCAGCAGCAGCCGCUGCCAAUCGUCGUGACCACAAUAUCGACUACUCCACGCUCUUCGUGCAAUUGUCCGGCACGCUGCCUACGUUGUAUCGCUGCGUUAGCUGCAACAAGAUCGUGUCGAAUCGUUGGCAUCACGCCAAUAUUCAUCGGCCUCAGAGUCAUGAGUGUCCUGUCUGCGGGCAAAAGUUUACGCGUCGAGACAAUAUGAAAGCCCACUGUAAAAUAAAGCACGCCGACAUUAAAGAUCGUUUCUUCAGUCAUUAUGUACAUAUGUGAUCAAUUUUUUAUGUGGUCAAAUAAGCAGUUAAACUAUUUAUCAAAUCCGAUUAAUGACACACAAACACCUAACAAAAACUCAACAGGCUCACACACCCCAAAGGACACACAAAGCGUAAUGACAUUGAUUUGCUCCGACAAAGUCCGCACAUUUCGAUUUAAUUUCAUCACGACUGAACUACUCCCUAUAUAAAUACAAGAAGUGCGGUUAUUAAGGCCGGCGACUUAAAGUAGCUUUACCGGUUUCAUAAAUAUACAUAUAUGAAAGGCUUAAUUUUGCCUAUAUUUAGGCGCCAAGUGCAAUAAAACGGGCGGUAGCUCAUGAAACUUGAUUCAUACCUUUGGGCAUUAUGCUCUGAACUAUAUAUUUUCAAUGUGCUUAAGUUGUCAGUCAAUAAAUAGCUGUGCAGUUAGACGGAAAAUGAGCUUUCCAUUCAGCUAUGCACUAAUCCAUGCUGUCACUAAAAAAUAUCAAGUUAAAUCCAAAAAUGUCGGAAAGGAAGCAUAGCUUUAGGCAUUUUUCUUUAAAAUACCAGUAAAUAAGCAUAUCUUUCAGCGGGUCAAAUAUGCACUAAUCAUGCUGUCUCCAAAAAGUAUCAAGUAAAAUGCAAAAAUUUCUGAAAAAACGCAUACCUUCAAGCAUUUUUCUUUGAAAUAUAAGGAAAGCAGCAUAUCUUUAGGCAUUAUUCCUCGAAGUUGCCAUUGUUUAUUUAAUUUUUAUACUUUAAUAGACAUUUAUUAAAUAUAAUAUCUUUUUUUCUGCCAGAUCUAGGCGUUUUCUGAAAAGUGUUCUGUGGGAGGUUGUUCUAAUAUAUAUUGAAAAAAAGAUAAUAAUAUUAAAUAUCUGCCACUCUUGAGAUUUUUUAAAAACAAACAGAAGCUAUUAAAAUAAAAAAUAUUCGGUGUUUUCUGAAGAGCGUUCUGUGAGACGUUGGUCUAAUAUACAUAUAUGGACAAAACAAUCUUCUAUUAGCACCCGCCUAUAGGUAGGCGAAUUGACAAAUUUAUUUCCGGAAGGAAAAGAACGCUUUCUCUCGCUUAAGCUUAGCGGAGUGAAGUGAACCCAAUUUUCUCAGUAAAUUUUAGCCAACCAAGCUCCUUUUUUUGCAUAAAAUAUUAAUUAACUCUUACCAAUCAAUAAGAAUCAAUAAGAAAUGUUACUUAUGUUGGCGAUAUAAGUUCGGUUGCCUGCCUUAAUGAGCACUUCAAAAUUGUGUACACACUAAAACAAGCUAUACAUAAACUAAAUACUGUAGUACAUUUCAAUAUUUUCUUAGCAAGCAAAUAAGAUAUCUUUAAAUUUUCCUCAUAACUAUACAAAAUGUAUGUAUUUAUUAUAUAUGUAGUUGUAAAUCUAAAAAAAAAAAACACAGCAAGAAACCAAAGAACUCACCAAAAAUCCCUACAAAUAUUAUAUGUAUCAUAAAACUAUGAUGGAUUUUCGUGUAAUCUGAAAGUAAUUAGAAAAAAGUCAGUUUAAUUAAAACUUCAACGACAAAGCGAUUGUAGCAAAACAAAGUACGAGUAUUAACCCACCCGAGCAAAUUGUGGAUUCUUUAGUAGACUGUAGUAUUGCAUAUUUACCAUUAGUAUUUAUUUUUACUAAGCGAAAGUGGACACCGAGUUAAAGUGAACAUUUAUCAAAUAUAUAUUUUUUUUUUCUUAUAUUAGCUGUUACAUAAAUAAUUUAAAUUUCAUGUAGACGCCAAUAAACAAACAAUUAUUACUUUUAUCUCGCGUAUGACUCAUGAUGUCAUAUAUUGAGACGAAUCUGUACCGUUAAGCGCUGAUAAUCUUUGUAGUAUUUUUUACCAUUUCAAUACCUUUGAGAAAUAUUUGAACAAAGCAAAGCAAGUAUUAUGUAAUUUAGUAAUUCCAAAACGAUAGCGAAAGCGAACGCGAUAAGUUAACACUUCUAGUAGUGAGUCAAGAUUAACACUUUAAGUCCUGCCAUAUUUAGUUUUUAGUAAGUUAAUUGCAAAUUGACUGUUUAGUUGAAUUUAUUAAUAAAAUAAAUGUUUUCUGCGUAUAAACAAAGA